ACCCCGCUGCCCGCCCACGCCGGCUUCCGCGGUUGCCCCGCUCCGCCACGCGGAAGCAUCGUCUCACCACGCGCGCGAAGAACGGCCAAUCACGCGCCGCCUUCGCCAGAUCCCUCCGCUCGAGGCCGCGCCGCAGCCGCAGGUGGCCCGGGCGAGCGCGUCCACCGGAGGCCGCCGUCCCGUGAUGCCUCGCGGCUGACCUCCGACCUUGCCGGCCCGCCCCGCGCUUCGGCCGCUUCCCUCCCCGCCCCCACGGCGCUGCUGAGCCCCGGCGGCCGCGGGGCGCGCGCCGGACUCCGGGAAGGGCCGGGCGUGGCGCCGGGGUGCAGCUGCUCCAUUACGGCUGGAGGCCCCGCUCGGGCCGGGCGGACGGCCGGCCUCCCCUCGCCUUUCCUGCCCCGGCGGGGCCCCGCCGCGGGCGGGCGGGCGGCUGCGGCCGCGGCCGGGAGGCGACUCCUGGGAUUCAAGAUGACCAACGAAGAACCUCUUCCAAAAAAGGUUCGACUCAGUGAAACAGACUUCAAAGUUAUGGCACGAGAUGAGUUAAUUCUAAGAUGGAAACAGUAUGAAGCUUAUGUUCAAGCUUUGGAGGGCAAGUACACAGAUCUUAACUCAAAUGAUGUAACAGGCUUAAGGGAGUCUGAAGAAAAACUAAAGCAACAGCAGCAGGAGUCUGCACGCAGGGAAAACAUCCUUGUAAUGCGACUAGCGACCAAGGAACAAGAGAUGCAAGAGUGUACUACUCAAAUUCAGUACCUCAAGCAAGUCCAGCAGCCGAGUGUCGCCCAACUGAGAUCAACAAUGGUAGACCCAGCGAUCAACUUGUUUUUCCUAAAAAUGAAAGGCGAACUGGAACAGACUAAAGACAAACUGGAACAAGCCCAAAAUGAACUGAGUGCCUGGAAGUUUACGCCUGAUAGCCAAACAGGCAAAAAGUUAAUGGCGAAGUGUCGAAUGCUUAUCCAGGAAAACCAAGAGCUUGGAAGGCAACUGUCCCAGGGUCGUAUUGCACAGCUUGAAGCAGAGUUGGCUUUACAGAAGAAAUAUAGUGAGGAACUUAAAAGCAGUCAGGAUGAACUGAAUGACUUCAUCAUUCAACUUGACGAAGAAGUAGAAGGUAUGCAGAGUACCAUUCUAGUUCUUCAGCAGCAACUGAAGGAGACACGCCAGCAGUUGGCCCAGUACCAGCAGCAGCAGUCUCAAACCUCAGCCCCAAGUACCAGCAGGACUACAUCUUCUGAACCUGUAGAACAGGCAGAGACCACAAGUAAAGACUGCAGUCGUCUGGCAAACGGACCAAGCAAUGGCAGCUCCUCCCGUCAGAGGACGUCUGGGUCUGGAUUUCACAGGGAGGGGAACACAACAGAGGAUGACUUUCCUUCUUCUCCAGGGAACGGUAAUAAGGCCUCCAACAGCUCAGAGGAGAGAACUGGCAGAGGAGGUAGUAGUUACGUAAACCAACUCAGUGCGGGGUAUGAAAGUGUAGACUCUCCCACGGGCAGUGAAAAUUCUCUCACACACCAUUCAAAUGACACAGACUCCAAUCAUGACCCUCAAGAGGAGAAAGCAGUGAGUGGGAAAGGUAACCGAACUGUGGGUUCCCGCCACGUCCAGAAUGGCUUGGACUCAAGUGUAAAUGUGCAGGGUUCAGUUUUGUAAUAUUUUUCCAGCAAAUUUUUAUACAGUGUCAUUUAAUUUGGGAGAGGAUACUGUCCAGAAAAUUGAUGCAUACUUUGUCACAACUUGCCUUUUUAUGGGUGUGUUUUUGUUUUGUUUGAUCCCCCCCCCCCCUUUUUUUUCUUGCUUCAAUACCUCUGCCACUUUGGAAAUUGUAACAGUUAAUUACUUUGAAUGUUGCUAAAAGGACAUUUUGUGUAGGGUCAAGUUAUUUUUAUAUGAGUUAAUGUGAAGUUGUAAAUGGAAAUCUUAAAGUAUAACACAAUGAUGUCUGUAUAAAUCUGUGUCUCUAGAACCCGUGCUGUGUAAGGGCAUUCUUCCUCAUGCUGUUAUAUACUUCUGCACCAUUCAAACUUGUUAGAGUAGAUGUGGGUUUAUGACUGCCAAGUUUGCCCAGUACCGUAGAUUUUAUCACUAAAAGUUGAACUUGUUGAUGGAAUCCUAUAGUAGUUUCAGUGUUAGAUACAGUUUUUUCCACCAUACAUCUGUGCAUUUUCUCUUUAGGUGACUGAAUGUUUAAGAUAUUUGUGUGCAUAGUUAACUCAAUUUUUAUGAACUGUUGUAUCCUGUUAAUGCAUAUUGCUCUGUGACUCCAGUAUAUCUUACCUGUACUGACCAAACCUAAAUAAAGAUUUUUAUUGUAACUCUU